AUGGACAUUCCGCGAAUUGCGCCUCCUUCGAUUAACGUGUAUGACUUCAACAGUGGUAGCUUCGACCGUCAGAAUUCCCCCGCCAGGUCGCCCUGUAAUAUGCCCGGGCAAUCGUUCUCGGGACCUAUGCCUAUUCCAACGAAUUCAAUGAGCAAUCUCGCUCCUCCGCCACUACCCCCACCACCCCGAAUCAGUGACCUCGAGGACGGCUAUGACGCUGGCUGGCUACAUGCGAAUGUUAGAGGGCCACACAAACUCGCACCGAUAAAUCCCAACUCGAGUCUCCUCGGCGGUCACCGUCGCCCGGAAGCUUCGCCUCAAAGUGAUAGAAUGGCUAUCGACGAGUUAGAUGGUCGACACAGCGGUUUACCUUUCUCUAGGAGCCCCGAGGCUCACAUUAGAAUCGAACCCCCACCACCGAUGGAUGAAGGGUUCCGGAAUGCCAUUUCAGUCAAUAGUCCCAGCCCGAUCUUGAAGGGAGAAAGAGACUUCUCUCGACGAAGCGUGAAGGAUUCAUCAGAUGCCUACGACCAACACCUCUUGUCGAAAAUAGGGAAACCGCUUUCUCCACGACAGUCUAUCAGCUCCGGUAGCGAGAACAAGGGCUUACUUUCGACACUCACCAUACCCUCGAGGAAUUUUGGUGGUCUCCCUUCUCCCGGUGGUUCCGAGGGGUCUAGCCUUGAUGUCAGGUGGCCGAGUAGCUACCAGUCAGGUGGGGUAUCGCCUGGGACCAAGAUCGGCUGGAAAGAUUAUGUCGGAGGGCGAAGUCCAAGCGUUGAGAGUAGUGCCCCAUCGUCUGCGGUGGACUAUGACCAACCAGGGUACAUGCGCGACUUGUCGCGCCGUCGCGGCGGUGGAACGACUCCCUUAUUCGAUGAAACUACCAGUCUGCCCAGUCGAUCAAACCGAGGAAGCUACGAUCAAGGCGUCUUCUCUGAUAUAGAAGGUGAUUUUUCAACCGACGAAUCUCUGCCUCCACGAAUCUUCAAUGUCCGACAAGCAACGCCACCUUAUCUGGAAGCUACUAAGCCAGGCACGAAGCGGAGGGCAUCCUCUCCUCCCCGUGAGCCGAUUAAUGGCGAUAGGCAUGUACUUAACGUGGCCACGAGUAACGGUGACCUCUCCCAGCGACGGACAAGCGGCCAUCCAUUUGGCAACUCUCUAUCGGUCAAUGUUCCUUAUGCACCCAGUCAUGGAAGCCUCUCAGCUGCUUCAUCAUUGAGCCUACGAACAUCUGGGUCUUACUCCUCUGCGGCCUUCUCUUUGGGGGCAAGCAGCAUGACGAGCUAUGAUCGCUCACCCGGGGGACUGUCGCCCAAUUCCGAUCUUGAUACCUUCCAUGACAAGUCGAUUCUCAAUCCUAGUUCUCCUGUGAAUCUUCCGGGCUCGUCCAUCUCUCGAAAUCCCCCAAGUACCGGCACCUUAGAACCAUCUAGUGUCGACACUGCUCGGAAAGUAUCUAUGCAGACGUCACUUGCCUUGCCAAAGCCAGCAGGUCCUAAGAUGGGUGGACUGUAUAUUUGCGAUUGUUGUCCUAAGAAGCCCAAAAAGUUCGACAGUCCAGAGGAACUCCGCGCCCAUGAGAUGGAGAAGCAGUACUCAUGCUUAUAUUGCAACAAUCGGUUCAAGAACAAAAACGAGGCGGAGCGUCAUCAGAAUUCUCUCCAUUUGCGGCGUCACUCUUGGUCUUGUGCAGCACUUCCGGGAUACCAAGCAGCGUUCCAUCCUUCGUCUUCUUCGGCCCAAACGAGCUCUGGGCCUUCUCACGACAUUUGCGGAUACUGUGGUGAAGAAUUCCCGAAUUUCCCCCAGCCAGACUGGGACCGCAGAUUCGAGCAUCUCACUGCAGUGCACAAGUUUGGAGAGUGCAACAAUGCGAAGAAGUUCUAUCGUGCGGACCAUUUCCGACAACAUCUGAAACACAGCCAUGCUGGUACGAGCGGGAAGUGGACCAACAUUUUAGAGAACGCCUGCAUGAAGGAAGAGGCACCUCCCGAGCCCAAAAAUUCUGGCGGCAAUGGAAGUGGGACGCUUGCAUCAAACAAAAUCAACGAGGUCCUCAGUGGUUGCUGA